CACUUGUUCCAGUCAAGGAAUUAAGAUCUAUCGCAGAAAGGAUUUACAAAUAAAUUAAAAAUAAUUAAAAUGCCACCACCAAAUCACGAGGAUCGUCUCUUUGGCAUCCACAUGGGACUGCACUUGGGACAUCAUCAUCACCACCAUGGACACCACGGACAUCCGCCGCCGCAACACCACCAUCAUCACCACGGACCACCACCGCCGCCGUACCAUGAUCACCAUCAUCACCACCACCAUCAUGGACCCCCGUCGCAUCACGUUGUACACUAUGACCACCACCAUCAUGGUCAUCAUGGUCAUAGCCAUCAUGAACACUAUGAUUACCACCAUGGACCACCACAUCAUCACUGCUAAAUGGCUGCAAAAGCUUCGAAAAUAUCUACGGUUGAACUUAUUCAUCCAUCUGUGAAGUGAAUUUAAAUAGUUAUACAAAAAUCAUGAACCAAUCAUAUUUAUUUACAAACAAUUAAAUGAAAUAAAAUCACAA